AUGUCCGACGAAAUUGUCUGGCAGGUUAUCAACCAGCAAUUCUGCUCUUACAAACUCAAAACUACAAAGGAUCAAAAUUUCUGUCGCAAUGAAUACAAUGUCAGCGGUCUGUGCAAUCGCCAGUCCUGCCCGCUCGCCAACUCACGUUAUGCAACGGUUCGGACUGAUCCCGAAACCGGCGUCAUGUACCUGUAUAUGAAGACCGUCGAACGAGCCCACAUGCCCAGCAAAUGGUGGGAGCGUGUGCGCCUGUCAUCAAACUACGCCAAGGCCCUCGAACAGGUCGACGAGCGCCUCAUCUACUGGCCCAAAUUCUUGACCCACAAGUGCAAGCAGCGUCUCACCCGCCUGACGCAGGUCAACAUCCGCAUGAAGAACAUUGCUAAGGAGGACGAGCGUCUUGGAGAGAAGAUUGUGCCCAAGCUGGCACCCAAGGUCCGUCGUCGUGAGGCGACUCGUGAGCGCAAGGCCGAGUCCGCGGCCAAGGUCGAGAGAGCCAUUGAGCGUGAGCUUAUCGAGCGUCUGCGCAGCGGUGCUUACGGUGAUCGUCCACUCAACGUCGAGGAGAACAUCUGGAAGAAGGUCCUUCGCGGACUUGAGCGGGCCGGUGAUGGUCAGCGUGAUGAGGAUAUGGAUGAUGGCGAGGAGAUCGAAGAGGAGGAGGAAGAGGGUGUUGGUGAGGUCGAGUAUGUCAGCGACCUUGAUGAAGAGGAGGACCUCGAGGAUAUGGAAGACUGGCUGGGCGUCGACUCGGCAGACUCCAGCGACUACGAUGAGGAAUCCGAUGAGGAUGAGGAUAGCGAGGAUGACGAGUCUGCUAGCGAGAGUGAGACGAAGCCCAAGCCUAGUGCUAAGCGGAAGGCACCUGCUCCCCAGUCAAAGCCUCGCAAGAAGGGCCCUCGCAUCGAGAUCGAAUACGAGACCGAAGGUGCCGGCAAGGACCAGGUCAUGGCAUGA